AUGGCCAAUUUGCCUUAUCCUAUUCCUUUGCCCGGUCUGUCUGAUUCUCAACUCACCAAAUUAAAUGCGAAAUCUCCUGAAGAUAUAGUGAUUGUCUCAGCUUUACGUACCGCUCUUACUAAAUCACGUAAAGGCGGUUUUAAGGAUACACUUGCUGAUGAACUCUUAUAUAACGUGUUGAAGGCAACUCUUGACAAAACAGGAAUUGAUCCCACCUUGGUACAAGACAUCACUGUUGGCAAUGUCUGUACCAAUCUUGCCAAUGCUGCCAGAAUGGCCUCACUAGCUGUUGGCUUCCCCGAAACCACUUCUGUCAGUACUUGUCACCGUCAAUGUUCUUCAGGUCUCCAGGCCGUUGUUCAGGUUGCUACAGCCAUUCAGUCAGGUCUCAUUGAUAUCGGCAUUGGCGCUGGUGUUGAAUCCAUGACAUCUGAUUAUUUUACUCGUACCAAUCAAUUCUCCAAAAAAUUAACUACUGUACCUUGCGUUGCUGAUUGUCAAUUGCCUAUGGGUAUUACUUCUGAAAAUGUAGCAGCGGAAUAUGGCAUUACUCGCCAAGAACAGGAUCAAUUUUCUGUUGCUUCACAUAAAAAAGCUGCUGCUGCUCAAAAGGCAGGUUACUUCAAGGAAGAAAUUGUUCCUGUUACGGUUGAGGUCACCGAUAAGGAUGGUAAAAUAAAGAAAGUAGUCGUUGAUGAAGAUGAUGGUGUUCGUGCUGGUACCACGAUUGAAAUUUUAUCCAAAUUAAAGCCUGCUUUUAACAAAGAAGGAUCAACAACAGCAGGUAAUGCGUCUCAAAUUUCGGAUGGUGCUGCUGCUGUACUUUUGAUGAAGCGCAAGACUGCUGCAAAAUAUGGUCUUCCUAUUCUUGGUAGAUAUGUUACUUCUGCUGUGGUAGGUGUGCCUCCUCGUGUCAUGGGUAUUGGCCCUGCUUAUGCCAUUCCUGUUGCCCUUGAACGUGCUGGCUUGAAGGUCGCAGAUGUUGAUAUCUUUGAAAUCAAUGAAGCAUUUGCAUCUCAAGCUGUUUACUGUUCAAAGGUAUUGAAAAUCCCUUUUGAAAAGGUUAAUCCUAAAGGUGGUGCUAUCGCUAUUGGACAUCCUUUGGGUUGUACAGGUGCGCGCCAAAUCGCUACACUUUUCCCUGAAUUGAGACGCCAAAAUAAGCGUAUUGGCGUGACGAGUAUGUGCAUUGGCAGUGGUAUGGGUAUGGCUGCCGUUUUUGAGAGAGAGUUGUAA